UCUAACCACCUUUGAGACCAAACUGAAACGCUAUCUAUGGCAACUUCAGUGUCAGUGAGCUCACUAAAUUCAGUUCCUAGAUUCGGGUUUGGGUUCAAACCCGACCCAUGUUCUUCUAGAGCUAGAGUUUUAUUACAGACACCUUUAAGUUCAGUUAAACAUGGGAGGCUUAGUUUGAAAAGAUUGAAUGCAGCUGGCUUAGCUGAUAUUGAACCUGACUUGAAUGAAGACCCGAAAGAUCGUUGGGCAACCAAUGGCGUUGACCCUGAUGAUUUUAUAUAUGGAGAGUAUGAUGAUCAUCACACUUAUCAUCCAGGUGAUCAUGAAAAAGUAUCAUUUUGGGGAUCAAUUGCAGAAGAUUAUGCAGCGAUCGACCCUCCUACUGGUUUCCAGGGGCUUAUAUCAUGGUUAUUUCUUCCAGCAGUUGCUGUUGCAAUGUAUUUCGAUGCCCCGGGAGAAUACAUAUACAUUGGAGCAGCCAUUUUCACAAUAGUGUUCUGCAUCAUCGAGAUGGAUAAACCAAGCGAAGCAUACAACUUUGAACCUCAGAUAUACAAUCUGGAGAGCAAGUCUCGAGACAAACUUAUAGCCGAUUAUAAUACCAUGGACAUUUGGGAUUUUAACGAGAAAUACGGAGACCUCUGGGAUUUCACAGUGACAAAAGAUGACAUCAUGACCAGAUAAAUUACAGCAGGCAAGAAAUCACACUUGUACAUUUACAUUAGAUUUUAUGAUUUCGUCACCACUGUUGUAAAAAUAAACUUGAUGUUCAAAAAUUAAAACAUCUGUGUUGGGCAGAUCAGGGAGGAGGCACGAAAGUGGUGAAGAUUUCUUACCUAUAUUUGAUACACUGUGAAAUAAUGAUACAGGGAUAUGUUUACGCCAA